UUCUCAUCCAUCAAUCCACAAAACAUCAUCAUCUUCCUCUCUUAAUAACACCACCAACAAACACAAAACACACACUUGAAUUUUCACCCAAAGUCUGAUCUUUCUCAUAUCUACAGGUUUUGAAUCUUUUAAUGAUGAUGGCUUGUGGCUUAAGCAAGAGCCUUGGCUUCUCUUCCUCUUUGAAGAAGCAGCAAGGCAUAGUGACCAUCCUUGGUGGCCGCGACUGUGACAUUCCGUCGAACACUUCAUCUGCACCUUCACUCAGGCGGACUUUCUCCGCCGAUCUCUCCUCCAAAAAUUGGGUCUCGCAAAAUGGGUUCUCUCCCAUGAAGAGGAUCUCCUCCUCGAACAAGCUCCCUACCUUUGUUGCUGACUCAUCGAGCUCACAAGACGAAGAGUCAAGAUCCGGGUUGGAUAUUUGGGCACAAAUUCAAGAAGACAAGAACAAGAAGGAAGAGAUGGAGCCGUGCCAAUCCGAUGUAUGGAGUUCGAUAUUAUCAGACAAGAAAAAAGUGUCGGAAUCAAGCAACGACACGGUUCCUCCACCGUACGUUCACCCACUGAUGAAACGCGCAAGCUCCUUGAGCGAGAAAAGCCUCGAGAUUUGCACUGAGAGUCUCGGAUCCGAGACGGGUUGCGAAGGUUUCUCCUCCUAUGCAUCUUCGGAGACUGGAGAUUCUGAGGAGAAUCUUGUUCUCAACGUUACAGUGACCAAAGAGGAAGAAGAGACAGAGAUUGAGAUUGUUGAGAAAGAACCAAUCACGGUUUCAAAUCACACACCAUGCAUCGAGCUUCCCAAAGGAUCCUUCCCUCCUCCGAUUCGUUCUCUCUCGAGCCAAUCGGGUUCGGCUCUGCACAUGAAAACUCGCCGUGACAACGGCAGAUUGGUUCUCGAGGCUGUCUCUAUGCCGUCGCACAACAAUUUCUCCGCUAAGCGCCAAGACGGACAUCUCCUCCUCACUUUCGCUGAAAUCAGCGACGAAGAAGACGAAACUGAUGAGCUUCAGUGGUUUGAGGACGAAGAAGUGGAGGAGGCACAAGACGAGUUUGCCUAUAAGCCCAAUGGGCUUUUAUAUAAGCUGCCGCAAAAGGAAAGUGGGCCUAUUACUGUUCAUAGGUUGUUGGCCCAUAAGCCUAUUGGAGUACCAAAGAGAAACUCGAGAUGGCCCCCGACAGAUGAUUUUGAGACCAAAUCCGACGUAGUUCACUCUUUGCCUCCAAGACCAAGGGUGGCUCAGCUUGCUCGGUCAAUGAAACCGCCGUCCACGGUGGACGACACUGUAGGAGCGGCUUGCUUCAACACAUGUGACUACUCUUGGAAGCCCACUAACACUGAAAAUUUGGGCUGGAACACAAAAACUCAAGUUCAAGCCCAAAACUAUGUCAACAAACCAUUCACAGUUGGACAGGAAGGUUGGAUAAAUGGUUGCAAGGAACGAAGGAGGUCUCUUUUGUCUGUUGAACGUUUCUGCAUUGCCACUUCAUGAGUUUAAGUUACUACCACAAUGGGGUAAUUUACAAGACCAAAAGCAUAUGACAUAUCUAUCUAUGUGUAUAUAUAUCUGAGUAGGUAUACUCGAAUAUAUAUGCAUAUUAACCAAAUAAUUGUUGUUGUUGUUGAUGUUUUUAUUACCAUAUUUUCUGCCUCUAUAUGUUUUACCACAUGCCUUUUGGUUUGUGGGUAAAAAGAAAAACAAACAAGAAAAUAAGGAGUCAAGAGUAGGAGAGGGAAGAAAGUGAGGAGUGAAAAUUGGAGAGUAAUUUUAUUGUUUUUAACGAGGCUAUAGACCUUGUUGUAGUAAAGAAUAUUAUAUGAAAGUGUUUAUGUUCAUAUUGUUGGUUCAUAUUUCUUGCAAAUAAGACGACAACUCGUUUUGUUUAUU